GUUCCCCCCGCCCCUGAAACUGAACCGCGAAACCCUCUCAGUCCUCUCUCUCGCUCUCUCCUUCGAAGAAGGAAGAAGAAGAAGAAGAAGAUGCCGCUGAAGGUGUUGGAUGCGACGGUGUCGAGCUUCGACACGGUGUUUGACAAGUUCAGAUCGGAAGCCCCCACCCACAGCACCAACCUCAUCCUCUUCUUGGCUGACACGGACCCUUCCACUUCUCUCAGCUGGUGCCCUGAUUGUGUGAGAGCUGAACCUGUGAUCUUCAAAAAACUGGAAGGACCAUCGGAUAAUGUAGCACUUCUGCGAGCUUAUGUUGGAGACAGACCUACUUGGAGGAAUCCCCUACACCCGUGGAGGGUAGACCCCAGGUUCAAGCUUACUGGAGUUCCGACGCUGAUGCUGUGGGAGGAUGAUGUGGUCAAAGGUCGACUUGAAGACCACGAAGCUCACGUCGAGCGCAAAAUAGAUGGCCUUGUUGCUGGGAAAUGAGCUUUCAUGCUUUAAUAUUUACUGAAUAGGUUUCGUACCUAUCAAAAGCAUUUCUUUCAAUAAUUGGUGCUUAAUGCUGCAUCAUUGUGUUGCUAUUGAGUUGUCCCUAGCAUGAUGCUCCUUGAUGGGUUUCACUUGAAAGUCUGUCUGAAGUAACUGAAUGAAUUGCGCCAAACUUACUCCCUGUAAUUCUCUGCUA